AUAUGGGGGCGCCAAGAUCAGGUAUCACAUGCUACAAAUAUCCCUCAGGGACUGUUGCACUGCAGGAUUGUUAACCAGUAAGCACAGACUGCAGCUGGAGUGUCAAUUCCCACACACAAGUCGAGGGACAAAAACUUCACUGCAGACAUGAGUCAAGUCUUGGACAUUGAGCGUUGUGAUCUGGACAUUAAGAGGAACAGCAGCAGCCAUCAUACAGAGCUGUUUGGAGAGGAGCGUUUGAUUGUCAGAAGGGGACAGCCCUUCAACAUCAUUUUACAUUUGAAAUCUGGCAGCAAAGAGUUCCAACGGGGUGAAACAAGCUUCACACUCAUCGUUGAAACUGGUCCGUUACCCAAAAAAGAAUCAGGCACUAAGGUUUCCUUUGGUCUACGUGACUCCACAAUUGACACUGAGUGGAGUGCAUCUGCCACUAAUGAUCCCUCUGGAAACACAGUGUCUGUAUCUAUCAGUUCCUCACCCGACUCCCCCAUAGGGGUCUAUUCUCUGACUCUGGACCAGGAGGGGCAGAAGACCAGUUUAGGACAGUUCAUCCUGCUUUUUAAUGCUUGGUGCCCCAGAGAUGCUGUUUACAUGCGCAGUGAGACGAAGAGGCAGGAGUAUGUUUUAGCACAACAUGGGCAGAUCUACACUGGAAUAUUUAUACAUAUCAAAGGGAUACCCUGGAACUACGGACAGUUUGUACCAGGAAUACUGGAUAUCUGUCUGAAGAUCCUCGAUAAAAACCCAAAAUGUGUGUCUGAUGCUGACAAGGACUGCUCUGCCAGGAGAAAUCCCAUCUAUGUGACCAGGGUGCUGAGUGCAAUGAUCAACAGUAUUGAUGACAUGGGUGUGCUGGUGGGAGCGUGGGGAGAGAUUUCUGAUGGAGUUCAUCCGGGACAAUGGAUUGGCAGCGGGGACAUUUUGUGCCAGUGGGCAGAAAGUGGACCCGUCCGCUACGGCCAAUGUUGGGUCUUUGCUGCUGUUGCAUGCACAGUGUCCCGUGCCCUGGGCAUCCCAUGUCGAGUGGUUACUAACUUUGGAUCGGCUCAUGAUACUAAUGCCAACCUGGUGAUAGAAAAACUUUUUGAUGAAAAUGGUGAAAGAAUUUAUGAAGGUGACUCGAUAUGGAACUUCCAUGUUUGGGUGGACAGCUGGAUGACUCGUCCUGAUUUGGGGUCAGAGUUUGAUGGGUGGCAAACCAGUGACCCAACCCCACAGGAGAAAAGUGAAGGUGUUUUCUGUUGUGGACCGGCCUCACUUAGGGCCAUCAAGGAAGGAGAGCUGACCAAGAAGUAUGAUGCUCCCUUUAUCUUUGCUGAGGUUAAUGCAGAUGUUGUGGAAUUGGUGCGCCAGUCAAAUGGAGAGUUUGCCAAAUACAAAGGAUCAACUACGUCUGUUGGCCGCUUCAUCAGCACCAAAGCUGUGGGCUCAGAUGACAGACACGACAUCACACACCAGUACAAGUAUCCAGAAGGCUCAGAGAAGGAGAGGCAGGUGUAUGAGAAGGCUCAACACCACAACAAGCUACAGCAGCGAGGAGAAGAGCCAGGGCUCCAUCUCAAGAUCAAACUUGCUGAUAACAUGAUCAUAGGCUCGGACUUUGAGGUGUCAGCUGUCCUCACUAACAACUGCAUGGAGACAAAGACCUGCUCCUUGCUGUUCUUUGCCAGGGGUGUCCGCUAUGACGGAAAACAAGGAGAGCGCUGUGGACAUGCUUCAGACAAAGUGAAGGUGCCCGCUGGAGAAGAAAGACGUCUGUCCCUCAGACUGGAGUAUGACCAUUAUGGAUCAGUGAUCACCUGUGACAGGUUGAUUCAGGUGUCAGCCAUCGCCAUCGACAAGCAGACCGUAUAUUACCAUAAGGCUGAGAAGACCAUUGUGUUAGACGAGCCAGACAUAGAGAUCAAGCUAGUGGGAGAAGCCACAGUGAACCAGUCUAUGACGGUAGAGCUGACCUUGCUGAACUCUUUACCAGAAUCGCUGCAGGACUGCAGCUUCACCAUAGAGGGGAUCGGCCUCACUGACGGCAAACCCAUAACCGCAAAGAUCGGAGCUGUGGGCCCCAAACAGGAGGCUAAGGCCAGCAUUGAGUUCAGUCCCACCAGUUCUGGCUCCAGUUGGUUGCUGGUGAACUUUGAUAGCAACAAACUGAGGAACAUCAAGAGCUCCAUCAAUUUUGUUGUGAAGGGUUAAGCCAGUACAGAAGAACAAAAGUUUUCUUUAUUUUGUUGUUUAAUUGGACUACAGUAGGUGGAGAUUACAGGGCUGCCCUUUCAUAGGGACUUUAUUUAACCCACAUAAUAUACUAUACUAAUAUACUAUCCACAAUAAUAUUUUUAAUUAAUAAUUUUAUUAGCAAACACAAAUGUUGAUGAAGGGGAAAAAAAUCCAAUUUGCUAACUACAAAUAAAAUUUUGCAAAAUA